GUGGACCCUCUGAGUCACAGUGAGGUCAAGACAAACAGCAGCAGCAGCAUCAUCGGCAUCCGCUCAUGCAGCGGGGGGAGGACGUCAUGUCUGGCGGGUGACGUGGUCUGGUUCCUCUGCGUCACCCGGGCACUUUGAACCCUCCACCGACUCGCACAGGCGACAAGUCAACGCCCUCGUCUGGUGUGCAGGAGGUCGUGGCUUCGAUCCCGACCCUGGCGUCUGUUUAUUUGGAGUUCGCGAGUGCUCCCCGUGAUCACGUGUACUUUUCUCCGAGUCCUCCAGUUUUUCUAUCCACAUUUAUACACGUGCUUUUGAAGUAUUUGACUGCUAUACAAUUUCCACGUGAUAAGCCACUUCGUUGAGCUAUCGUUUGUGGCCAGGUCGCUUCUGAAAAAGCGCUAGAUAGCUUAGCGGGAGAGUUGUAGGCGUGGGGAGGCCCUCUUCCAGCAGUGGAUUGUCAACAAGGGCCCGACACAAACACGAACUGCGGUUAGACGUGUCCCCAGGUGUGUGGUUAGGUGUGCCCGUGAGACGACAACACAAGGGCCCCCUAACAACAGUGAACUUUCCUUUGUGUUUCACCAAGAAAUGAAUUGGGGUUGGAGCUUCCGCGGAUUUCUCUGCCGUGCGUGACAGACAAAGAGGAGGUGACGCGCACGGCGUCUUCGGCCCCUCACCUGAGUGUCGGUGCGAACUCGCCCCGCCCUGCAGCGCCACGCGAACUCGGCACUCACUCGUCAACACGCAGCUCUCAUACCCAGUGGACUUACAGGUGUGACCUGAUACAGGUGAAGCCCAGAGAACAGACGCAGGAACCCAGGACACUCCCCACUCCUCUCGCCACCGCGUUCCUCUCGGCGGGGGUUCGACUGGGACCCCGGCUCCACAUGGGGUCUCACGGCGGGCCCCUCCUCCUCUCGCUCAUUCUUCUCGCGGCCGUGGCGGCCGUGGCGGCCCUGGGUUCGGAGUUCAACUUCACUGCUGGACCUCGCGUGUCUGUUCCUCAGAGAGAACUGAAGGGGGUCCUCGUGUGGACUGACCUCUCCGUGGAGGAGAACGCCUCCACUGCGGGGAGUUCCUCGCAGCUGCUCGAGUUGGAGGGGCUGCUGCUGCUGGGCGGGCGGGACGCGAUACACGUGCUCGACGCGAGCAACGUGAGCCGCCCCGUGGCUCCGCCGAUCGUCUGGGCUCCGUCGCUGUCCGAAAAAUCUGAAUGCUCCAGCAAGGGACCCAUGAUGGAGGAGUGUGCAAACUACAUCCGCGUGCUGCACCGGCUCAAUGACUCCCACCUCUUCACGUGCGGCACACACGCCUUCAACCCGCAGUGCGCCUACAUCCGCACCACCCCCAGGCCCCUGCAGCUCCUCCCGGCGAUGGAGGCAGGACGCGGGCGCUGCCCCUACAGCCGGAGCCAGGGGGCAGCCUCCGUGGUGCUGGAUGGUGAGAUCUACACCGCCACGUCCAACAACUUCCUGAGCACCGAGUACGUGGUGGCGCGCUCCCUCGGGGGGCGGACUCCCCUCAAGACGGAACUUCUCAACGACUGGCUCAGCCAUCCGGACUUCGUGUUCCUGGGCGCGGUGCGGGAGAGUGAGGAUAGCGAGGAUGGCGAUGACGACAAGGUGUACAUCUUCUUCAGCGAGAGGGACAGGGACACGAGGGCCAUGGUGGCCAGCGUGGCACGCGUGUGCAAGGGAGACCUCGGGGGGCUGAAGGCCCUGCAGAAGCGGUGGUCGUCCUUCCUCAAGGCCCGCGUGGAGUGCACGCUGCCCGGCUCGCUCGGGCCGCUGCAGAAAAUCCGCUCUGUGUUUUACCAUCAGGCCGGGCCGUCGUGGCGCGACGGCCUCUUCUACGGAGUCUUUGAGUCCCAGGGGCCGUGGGGCCCCAUCUCGGCGCUGUGCCCGCUCCCCGUGUCGCGCCUACGUGACGUAUUCCAAGGCCCGUACCGCGAGUUCCACUCCGACAGCAUGUGCUGGAGUGCCCGCAGCACCAACAUCCCCUCCCCACGACCCGGAUCGUGCAUCACGAACGCCAUGCGCGCGCGGGGGAUCAAGAACUCCACGGACCUGCCCGAGCAGACCUUGACCUUUGCCCUGGAGCACCCCCUCAUGGCGCAGGCGGUGACCCCGGGGGGGGGCGCGGGCCCCAUCCUCGUGGCCCCCCCCGGGCUGCGCUACACGCAGGUGGCGCUGCUUCGGGUGCUGGACGCUAACGGCGCCCCCCGCGACCUCGUCUACCUGGGCACAGACUCAGGGCUGCUGCACAAGGCUCUGCUGGGUCCCCCGGGGCAGCCGGCCCACGUCAUCGAGGAGCUGCACCUCUUCAGUGACCCACAGCCAAUCAGCAGCCUGCAGAUCUCGCACGACAAGACGCGGCUCUUCGUGGGGAGCGGGCACGCGGUGGCACAGGUGGCGCUGGGGGGCGCCGCGUGCGGGCGCUACCCCUCGUGCGCCGACUGCGUUCUCGCGCGUGACCCCACGUGCGCAUGGGACGCUAAAUGGGGCUGUGUGGGGGUGCUGGACAACGGAGGAUACCGCAUCCAAGAUGUGGAGAACGGGGACGUGGGGGAGUGCGCCGAGAAACAGGCCACCCCCACCGUGACCCCGGUGCUGGCCGCUCUCGGGGGCAGCGCGUUCCUGCCCUGCCCGAUGCCCUCGGCUCACGCCCACGCCCGCUGGCUCCACGAGGGGCGCCAGCUGCGGCGGCCGCCGCCCUCCGAGGCCCCGGCCUGGCGGGCCCUGCCGGACGGCCUCCUGCUGCUGGCGCUGGGCCGCGAGCGCUCCGGCGUGUACGAGUGCUCCGCCCUGGAGCGCCGCUCGCACCGCGCCGUCGCCGCCUUCUCUCUGACCGUCUCCGACGACGCCCUGAAUCUCUGCCGCCCCGAGGGAUCCCGCUCGGCGUUAGCCGGCGGCGGCGCGUGGAAAAGCUGGGUCGUCCCGAUCGCGGCGGCGGCGGCGACGGCGGCGACGGUGGCGGCGGCGGCGGUGGCAGUGCGAAGGUGGAAGAGGAGCAGGAGGGUGACGAUCGGCGAGAGCGGCGGCGGCGGGGGGGGCCGCUCGUACCGGCCGCACCGACGGCGGCGCGAGCAGCGGCAGUCGCGCGUGCCGCUGGUGGGCAGCGAGGACGUGGCGCUGCUGGCCUCGUACCGCGCCUCGCUGCGCCACUCCGCCGCCCCACAGUUCGCCGGCGCCGAGCCGCCGCCGGACGGGAGCCGCGCCAACGGGGAGCUCCGCGCCAACGGGGAGCUCCGUGCCAAUGGGGAGCUCCGCGCCAAGCGUCGUCCGCCGGUGGCGCUUCCGCUGCCUCCCCCGCCGCUGCCCCCCCCGCCGCCGCCGGCCAUCCCGUACCGCGAGCGGCUGGUGAAGGUGUCGCCGCGGCACGGCGGGAGCGGGAGGCUGAGCAUCGUGGCGGGGAGGGCUCACGAGAGCGCCCCCCCCCCGCUGACGCACUACGGCAGCGGGGAGGAGGUCACGGGCGACGGGGGGCAAGAGUCCACCGUGUGAGCCGGGCCGGACUCGACUCAACAGAUCUGGCACGUGGCCGAGGGAUGAGCAGGGCCGGACCGGAUAUUUUCUGGGCCACUGCUGGAGUGGAGUUGGUCGCACGCGACGAGCCACGGCCAACGUGAGAGGUGCUGUGGAUGUGGUGUGCCGGAUGCAACAAUAUGUGCAGGUCGCCAACCCGGACAGACCCGGUGGAUAGCUAAGCCUUGGGAAUGAGAGAUACGUUAUUGUGGUUGUUAUUGUGGUUGGUGUUGUUGAGUGCGAGGUGGGGUGUGCAUUCCUGUGGCUCUGCCCAUACACUCCCAGAGUUUUAUUCAACCUGGUGGGGAUCCCCAUUGGGUCUACUUGGCCUGAAAUGAGUCCGAUUGGUGCUAGUAGUGGUCAUGAAACCGUCAAAGCCGGAGAGACAAAGGCGGCUAGGCAUGCGUGGCCAUUCCGACCUUUCCACCUCGCCCACCACCACGUCCGCUCUGCGUUUGCCUUAAUCGGCGGCUCGCUAACCCGCACUCGAUUUGCAUGCGGCUCAAUCUCCCGGAAUGCACCUUUUAGUGCUUGGACGUGAAACUGCCUGGGAGUCACAGAUGCUAUAGGCUCGGGCUCCGAGGUGGGCAGGUGAUGGCAGUACGGAAAUGUAUUCUUGGAUCCAUAUGUGCGGAGUUUCGAACGGUGGAGGUGGUCUCGCCAGAGCGAGGCCUGCCGGGCGGGUAGCCCGCGGGCGAGUGGCGACUCGCCCCGCGCUCCUCCUCUUCCACCACCACGGGGGGGUGAGCAGGGGGGCGGGGGGAGGGA